AUGAUGAACGGAGAUGAGAAGCCCGCCGCCGGCGAGGACAAAUUUGCACCCAAAUCGGGGUCAUCCGUCGUCAGCGCCUUCGAUGCGUUUCCCAAAUCGAAGCCGCAGUAUGUGAUGCGGACCUCUGGCGGCGGCAAAUGGACCGUCGCUAUGUCCAUCAUUUCGCUCCUCCUCAUCUGGGGCGAGGUGUCGCGAUGGUGGCGCGGCACCGAGAGCCACAACUUCGCCGUCGAGAAGGGUGUGUCCCACGAACUACAGAUCAACCUCGACAUCGUCGUCAAGAUGCACUGCUCCGACGUCCACGUCAACGUCCAGGACGCCUCGGGCGACCGAAUCGUGGCUGCCAAGCGCCUGCAACGCGACCCGACCACCUGGACCCAGUGGGUUGACGCCAAGGGGAUGCACAAGCUGGGACGGGAUAGCCAGGGUCGCGUCAUCACCAAUGCCGGCUGGAAGAACCUGGGCUACGAUGAGGAGGGUUUCGGCGAGGAGCACGUCCACGACAUUGUCCGCGCCGGCAAGAAGAAGGCCAAGUGGGCCAAGACUCCUCGCUUCAAGGGGCGAGCUGAUAGCUGCCGCGUCUACGGAAACCUGGAUCUGAACAAGGUGCAAGGCGACUUCCACAUCACGGCCAGAGGCCACGGAUACAUGGAAGUCGGCGAGCAUCUAGACCACACCAACUUUAACUUCUCCCAUAUCAUCUCCGAGCUCUCGUAUGGCCCCUUCUACCCCUCGCUCGUCAACCCCCUCGACCGCACCGUCAACCUGGCAGCCACCAACUUCCACAAGUUCCAGUACUACCUCUCCGUCGUGCCCACCGUCUACAGCGUCGGCUCCAAGUCCAUCUUCACCAACCAGUACGCCGUGACGGAGCAGAGCAAGGAGGUCAACGACCACUAUAUCCCCGGCAUCUUCGUCAAGUACGACAUCGAGCCCAUCCUGCUGGCCGUGAACGAGAGCCGCGACGGCUUCUUGUCCUUCAUGAUCAAGAUCAUCAACAUCAUCAGCGGUGUCCUCGUUGCCGGACACUGGGGCUUCACGCUGACCGACUGGAUCACCGAUGUCACGGGCAAGCGGAGACGACAGAGCAGUGGUGGAGUGGGUGUCAUCGGUACUGGCAAGAACUUUGGCGAGUAG